AUGGCAGCCACAGUUGCCCACGGUGCUUGCACGUCGUGGCGGCAGGCGGCUGAACCGCCAGCCUUUCGGCGAACCCUUCAGGCUACUCGCCCCUCCCGGACGGCUUGCAGGGCGGCCGCCUCCUCCAGCAGCAGCACCAGCUCUGGCGGUAGCAGGAGCAGCGCAGCUGCCGGCGCGGUGCCUUCGGCCGCCGCUGCCGCCGCCGCCGACGAGCACGAGGUGUUGCCCGGCAUCUUUGAGGGCUACUGGCAGUGGCAGGGCCGCCGCAUCCGCUACCAGCGCUCCGGAACCAGCGGGCCUGCGGUGCUGUGCGUGCACGGCUUUGGCGCGUCGGCAGACCACUGGCGCAAGAACCUGCCGGUGCUGGGCGAGAGCUGCCAGGUGUAUGCGAUCGAUCUUCUGGGCUAUGGAUACUCCGAUAAGCCCGACCCGCGCCAGCUGCCGCCCACAUCCAUCUACAACUUCGACACCUGGAGCCAGCAGCUGCGCGACUUUGUGGCCGGCGUGAUGGGCCAACCCGCCGUGCUGGUCUGCAACUCGGUCGGCGGCAUCGCAGGCCUGCAGGCGGCGCUUGAUGAUGCAUCCCUGGUGCGGGGCGUGAUGGUGAUGAACAUCUCCCUGCGCAUGCUGCACACCAGCAAGCAGGCGGAGUGGCAGCGGCCGCUGGUCAGGGCGCUGCAGGACACGCUGCGCACCUCGGCGCUGGGGCCCUGGUUCUUCUCGCAGAUCGCCAACCGCCGGGGCGUGCGCAGCGUGCUGCAGCAGUGCUACGGCGACCCCGCCGCCGUCACCGACGAGCUGGUUGACCUCAUCCUCAGCCCGGGACUGCAGCCGGGCGCUGUGGACGUCUUCCUUGACUUCAUAUCGUACUCCUGGGGGCCGCUGCCCGAGCAGCAGCUGCAGGCGGUGGGCGUGCCUGUGUCGGUGGUGUGGGGCGAGGAGGACCCUUGGGAGAAGAUUGAGUGGGGGCGGGAGUUUGCAAAGUACCCUUCGGUGGAGGAGUUUGUGUCGCUGCCGGGCGUGGGGCACUGCCCCAUGCACGAGGCCCCCCACCUUGUCAACCCUCUCAUUCAAGACUUUGUGAAGCGCGUAACCUGCUGA